AUGGCAGAGGCUGAAAGCACAGUUAUAAACACCAAUGUGAAACAGAAAGACCCAAAUGAGGCGCUGGUCAUCGCCGUGACAACCAGGGCCAUCUUCAACCUGGAGGAGGAACAUCAGCUGUUCCUGACAAAGGGCAAGGAAGAGUAUGUGAAGUAUCAGCAACUCAAUGAGGAUAAGCCCUUGGAGCAAGGUACAGCCUUCGCUUUCAUUCAGGCCGUGCAGUUUGUGAAUGAGAAACUCCUGGAGAGAAACCCAGUGGAGAAGGGCCUCUUUGAUGUCAUCAUCCUCUCCAACAACAGCCCAGAGAGUGGCAUGCGCAUCGUCAACAGUGCUAAGCAACAUGGUUUGGAGAUUUCCAAGUUUUGCUUUGUCAGCGAUGAAGAUUCCACCCAGUACUUGAAAUCCCAUAAUGUCAAGCUCUUCCUCUCGGCCGACAGGAUGGACGUGUGCAAUGCACUCCAGCGAGGAGUGUCAGCGGCUCUCAUCUUCCAGCAGGAGGUGCAGACCCCCAGCACACAACUGCGAGUGGUGUUUGAUGGGGAUGCCGUGCUCUUCUCGGAUGAGACAGACCGGGUUUUUCGAGAGAAGGGGCUGUCGGGGGCUCUGGAGUAUGAGAGGGCAAUGGAAGCCGUGCCCAUGGGAGAGGGUCCAUUGAAGGCAUUUGCCAUGCAUCUUGGGAAGAUGCGCAAGAAGUUCAGCCAGGAGAAUUCCCCUAUUCGCACCUACUUGGUGACUGCCCGCAGCGGCCGGGAUAUGGGCAUCCGUGCUAUCAAGACCCUCCGGGAAUGGGGGCUGGCGAUUGACGAGGCCUUCUUCAUGGAUGGGGCUCCCAAGGGCCCUCUCCUCUCCCAGAUCCAACCCCACAUCUUCUUUGAUGAUGGCCUUCAUAACAUCCAGGGGGCUCAAGAUAUUGGCAUACCCUCUGCCUUGGUCCCCUGUAACUGCUGA